AUAAGUACCAUUUUUAAGCCCACAACCCAUUCGACGAAAUUCCCACAAUCCAUGCUCGCAACCAACCCUCGAAAAUGGCUAAGUAUUUCCACACCACCACCGCUACGCUUCACCCCCUCCAUCCCCGUCCACCGGAGCUCCAUCGCCACCGCCAAGUUCAUCGCCGACCAUCCGAUCCUUACUCUCUUCAACAAGGCCAAGCACCACCACCAUCUUGAUCUCAAAGCUCUCCACGCCCACACCAUCACUUCCGGCCUCAUCUCCGACCCCUUCGCCGCCAGCCGCAUUAUCGAACUCUGCCUCCGUUAUUCCUCUCCCAAUCUCCACUACGCCACCACCAUCUUCCAUUCGAUUCCCUGCCCCGACGUCUACACAUGGAACGCCAUGAUCGCCGGCCACAUCGCCAGCAGCUCUCCCGAGUCUGGUGUCGCGUUCUACUUCCAUAUGCGCCGGAGCCUUGCCCCACCGAACAACUACACCUUCGCGUUGCUGAUCAAAGCUUGCACCUUGGCCGGCGUCGCCAUUGGUGUCGCAAGGCAAGCUCACGGCCAAGUGUUCAAAUGCGGCGCUGAGGAUUGGCUUGUUGUCAAAAACUCUCUUUUGAGCAUGUAUUGCAAUUUAGGGCACUUAGAUGACGCUUUUGAAUUGUUCAACAAGAAUUUGGAUUUGGAUGUCAUCUCUUGGAACACAAUGAUCUCCGCAUUUGGGAAAAAUGGAGAUGUUUGGAACGCUCGGAAGAUGUUUGAUGAAAUGCCUGAAAGAAGUUUGGUUUCUUGGAGUUCUGUGAUUGAUGGUUAUGUGAGGAGUGGUGAUGCUUGUGAGGCAUUGAGGUUGUUUAGGAUGAUGCAAGAGGAGAGGAUGAAGCCAGACUGCGUGGUUCUUGCGAGUGUGCUCAAGGCGUGUGCGCAGCUCGGCGCUCUUGCUCAAGGCCGAUGGAUUCAUGCUUACAUUGAUAGGAAUGAGAUUGGUAAGGAUGGUAAUGUGAUUCUCUUGACUGCAUUGGUUGACAUGUAUUGCAAAUGCGGUUGUGUGGAUGUUGCUCGGCAAGUGUUUGAUUGUGUUCGGGAUGUCAGGGAUGUUGUCUUGUGGAAUUCGAUGAUUGGUGGGCUCGCUAUGAAUGGUUGUGGAGCUGACGCUCUUGAGCUUUUUCAGGGGAUGAAAGAGCGAGAAUUGAGGCCAAACGAGACGACAUUCAUUGAAGUUCUAUGCGCGUGUGCGCAUAACGGAUUGGUUGAAGAAGGAAUAAAGAUAUUUGAUUCGAUGAAAAGUUAUGGAUGUGAGCCUCAAAGAGAGCAUUAUGGUUGUUUGGUUGAUGUUCUUGCAAGAUCAGGGAGGCUGAAGGAGGCUGAGCAAGUGUUGGUAAAUAUGCCAAUGGAGCCUCAAGCUUCACAAUGGGGUGCAUUAAUGUCUGCUUGUCGAACACAUAACAACAUAGACGUCGGUGAGCGGGCAGGAAGGCGAUCGAUCAUGUUAGAACCACAUGACGGAGGCCGAUAUGUUUUGCUAGCGAACAUGUACGCGAAUGUGGGGCGAUGGAAGGAAGCAAGCAAUACAAGGAGAGCAAUGGAAGCAAAAGGAGUGAACAAGGAGAUAGGUUGUAGUUUCAUAGAAUGGGAGGGAAUUGUUCAUGAAUUCAAAGUAGGGGACAUGGGGCAUGAUCAAACAAGAGAAAUAUAUGCAAUGUUGGAAGAGAUAGAGAGGAAGUUGGAAAUUAAUGGGUAUGUGAAGGAUGCAUCACAGUUGGUGGUUGAUGUUAGUGAUGAGGAGGAGAAGGGUAUUGCAUUGGCUUAUCACAGUGAGAAGUUGGCUAUUGCAUUUGGGAUGAUAAACAUGGCUAGUGGAUUGCCUAUUAGGAUUGUAAAGAACCUUAGGGUUUGUAGAGAUUGCCAUGAAUAUACUAAGCUUGUUUCGAAAGUGUAUCAGAGAGAACUCAUAGUGAGAGAUAGGAAUAGGUUUCAUAGGUUUGCUGAUGGACAAUGCUCUUGCAAAGAUUUUUGGUAGGGCAAAGACUGAUUUUGAGAUUAAUAUGACACUUGAGAGAUCUUGUUGUAAAUAUAUGUCCCCAUACUACCGAUCUAUAUCGGUGUAAAUAUAUAUGUCCACAUAUGUAUGCCCACAUACUACCGAUCGAUAUUGGUUUGGUGUGUCUCAUGAAUAGUGAACCUGUGAAGCUUUUAUGUUAUGCAAUGUAGCUUAAAAACAACCGAAUAUCAAGAACACAUGAAUAGAAUUUUACAUUAAAUUUUUCCUUGCUAAACUUUCUGAAUGUUUGUCAAUUUGAUUCAUUCAGAUCAAUAUGUUUUUCUGUAACAAUCAGGGUGAUUAUCAACCUCACCCUUGCAUGAAUAGGGUGCAAGUGAUACACAACAAUGUAAGUGAAGCUGAAAAAGUAUAAGGGAAAAAAAAUAGCGA